AUGGCAACAGCGCAGGUGGUUUGUGGAGAGCCAGGAGACAUCAAGGAUCAACCGGGACACGAGACGUACUUCGCCAAACCCGAGCACUUUUUCCCGCAUCUCACCGAAGACGGGAAGAUUCCGACGGCUCAAUUCUUGAGCGCCUGUCAGGGCAUUUCUGAUUUUGUUUCGUUCCUCGGGACGACAUUCACACUGGUCCGUAAGGAUAUUCAAGGGAACGUUGACAAAGUACGUACGAGAUUCGAGAAGGAUCAAGAGGGACAGAAGUACCUUCAAGACUUGAUUGAUGCCGAUUUGGCGGAGCACGGAGGCAAAUUUGGAAUCGCCACCGAGGGAUUACUGUGGUUGAAGAGAGGACUUCAAUUCAUGCUGGAACUGCUUUCCGAGAUGGUCGCCGCCUAUAACAAUGGACAACCACAUGCGAAGACGGAGGAUUUGAGUGCGGCAGUGGCCACGGCCUACGCGAAAUCACUCAAAAGACACCAUGGAUUCAUUGCCAAACAGGCGUUUAAGGUAGUGACAAUGGCUGUCCCGUAUCGUCAUACAAUCCUAAAAGCGGUCGCUCUGGGACAAGAAGGCCUCGACGACGUCUGCAUUCAUCAUAUUCAGUGUCAUUUGGAUAAUUUCCGGCUGAAUGUCAAAACUCUCGUCGAUUAUUACAUUUCCAAGAGCCUCGAUACCCCCGAUCCGUAG